CGCGACACCAAGUCUGGAGGAGCCACUAUGACAAGGGCACCUUUUCGAAGUGUCAAGGAGUAGAUGAUUUGACGACUGCCCUGAGCCAAUGUACCCCCGAACUAAUGUGACAGCGGAGACUAAGAUCGGGUUUCGACAGCCGCUGACGUCGUGUGCCUGCGCCAGAGCUCGUCGAAACCUGGCGCGCGUCGCCAGCUUUAGGCACACAUGACACAAACGACGUGUAGUAUAUCUUCGAUUAUUCACUGAUUGCGUGGAUUCUCCACUUCACAUCUUCCUCUCUUAUCAAGACGCUGGCUGGUUCUAGCCCUCGCAGCGAUCGACAUCUUGCCAGUAGCAUUUAGCUUCGGCACGCCUCUCUUCCGUGAAGCGCAACCCUUGCUUCCACAUCUGUGCCUCUUCCCUUCUUCAACCGCUCAAUAACACGUCCAUCAUGGAGCCCUCACAGACCAAAACGACCGAUUUCGCGCCGCCAACGUCAGCCGCACAGCCCUCUCCGCCGCCCUCACGAUCAGGGCUCAAGGCGGAACCUAAAGCUUCCAUGUCCUCCAACCGCUCAGUCCCAACCACACCGCCGUUCUCGCCGACAAACGAUGCGUCGACGAUCGCAAAGGGGCAGGAGGAAUUUGAAGGCAAUGUGGAGGUCGACAACCAUAUUCCGACGGAGAAGGAGCUAAGCAGUGUGGAGGAUCUGCAUGUCCUAGAUGCGAAAGGGCAGAGCAUACCCUUCAAGGAGCUGUACAAGGGAGAGGGCGUUGCGCCGAGACAGCUGAUCAUCUUCAUCAGACAUUUCUUCUGUGGGAACUGCCAGGAAUACCUCCGCACCAUCGCCUCCUCCAUAACGCCCGACGACCUGCUCGCACUGCCCACGCCCACUUUCAUCACAGUCAUCGGCUGCGGUCGCCCCGAGCUCAUACAAAUGUACACGGAAGCGACGUCCUGUCCAUUCCCCAUAUACGCCGACCCCACGCGCAAGCUCUACGACAUCCUCGGCAUGACACGCACAUACAACCUUGGCGCGAAGCCUGAAUACAUCCACACCCACAUGCUCAUCAACUCAGUGCAGUCGGUGUUCCAGAGUCUGGGCACAGGCAAGAACGCGCUGAAAGGCGGCGACUUCAAGCAGGUAGGUGGGGAGUUCCUCUUCGAGGACGGCGAGUGCACAUGGGCGCAUCGCAUGCGGAACACGCGGGAUCAUGUCGAGGUGCACGAAUUACGGGGCUUGUUAGGCCUGGACGGGACGAGGCCGCCACUGCGGAAGAGGUGGAGUCAUGGAGUUAAGCAUUUGGAAGGGGGAAGGCGGAGUUCGAGCUGGGGACGACGAUUGAGGAGUAAAAGCAAGGGAGCGAAAGAAGGGAACGCCGGUGCGAGUUUGAGGACGAGCGGGAAGACGACUCCAGAGAGGCUGAGUCAGGAACAUGCAGGGACGACGCCUGCGGUAUGAGGGGUGGGAGAAGACAUGUUUCUUAGCUGUAGUACGAAUUUAUACCCUCUCGCUGU